ACCACCAUAUUCUUCCCCCAUCUUCUUUGUGCAGAUUCUUCUUCAUCGUUUCUCUUUAAUUUUCAUUUUCAACAAGCAGGAGGGUGAAAAAAACAGAGCUUUUUCCUGCCUUCUUGGUUUCUUUCUCCCACUUUUCGGCCCUCUCCAGUCAGUUUCUUCCGCAGUUACUUCUCUGCAUAUGGUUCCCACCAGCUGGUCGGGUUCUUCCAGCAAGAGUCAAACCUCAAAACCCGCAUGCUCUGUCGCGCUCUCGUCUUCCACGGUUUCGAGUCAUUUUUCUUCUGGUUUUAUUUGCUGGAGGCAACUAAAUUUGGAAUCUUUGUUUGUUUUCGGUUUGGACACAUCUCUUGAUUCCCAGGGUUCUUUGGUUAGCAACUAACCACAUAGCAUCACAUUCUGAUUGGGUAUCAGAAAAAGAAUCUGGGGACUCGCCGAUUCUGUUUUCUUUGGUGUCUGGGUGCUGGUUGGGUUGUUUAAUUUUUUAACCUUUCUGCAAAAUUUUGUUCCUCCUGUUGUAAUUUGAAGCUGAAGCUCUUUGGGUGGAUAAGACAGCAUCUUGUCUCUGUCAACUUCAGGAGCUCCCUUUUGAUCUGCUUUCUUCUGGGUGCUCAAUUUGGAGGUUUAAGUGGGAUUCUUUGACUCUUCCAUUGCUGAAUGCCAAUCACCAAGGUGAGAUUUUUGAGUAGUUCCCCGUAGCUGGACUGUUUCUCUGGAUCUGAUAGUGGCUUUACAGGUCAGUCUUAGAUAACUGUGGCAAAAGAAGAAAAGAAAAAGAACUUGUCGGUACUGUUUCUGCCCAAAGUUGUCGAGUUUACUGUGUUGGAUGAGUCUGUUCCAUAUACUUGUGGGUUUGAAGGCAGGGCAAUUAAUUUGGAUGUUAUGUUGGUGGAUAGCAUCUGUAUUUUCGAUGAACUGGUUCAUUAACGGGGGGCUCAUGGAUGCCAAGACUGGCCUGCUUGGAGGGGAUGGCAAGAUUUCGCUGAGUUGGUGCGAGAAAAUGUCAGGGAACAUCUCCAAGAUUCAGCAUCAGUAUGACCAGUUGUUUGGGUCCAAGAGGACUAACAACGCAUUGUGGAGGAAGCUGUUGUACACGUGGGUGCUCGGUGCCACCAUGGUUUCUCUGUGGAUAUUCUUGUACAUGAGCUCGCAAGCUAUUGAGAAGAGGAAAGAGACGCUAGCUAGCAUGUGUGAUGAGAGGGCUCGGAUGUUGCAGGACCAGUUCAACGUGAGCAUGAACCAUGUUCAGGCUAUGUCAAUUUUGAUCUCGACCUUUUACCAUGGCAAGAGCCCCUCUGCUAUCGACCAGAGGACUUUUGCUAGAUAUACCGAAAGAACUGCUUUUGAGAGGCCUCUCACUAGUGGCGUGGCAUAUGCAGUGAGAGUGCUCCAUUCGGAGAGGGCAGAGUUCGAGAAACAGCAAGGCUGGCCUAUCCGGAGAAUGGAUACCCUGGAGCAAAAUCCGGUUCAUAAGGAUGACUAUGACCCUGAAAUGUUGGAGCCCUCUCCAAUUCAGGAAGAAUAUGCCCCCGUCAUUUUUGCUCAAGAUACUAUCUCCCACAUAGUUUCCCUCGACAUGCUCUCAGGAAAGGAAGAUCGUGAAAAUGUAUUGCGUGCAAGAGCUUCGGGAAAAGGGGUUCUUACCGCUCCUUUCAGGCUGAUUAAAACGAACCGUCUGGGGGUCAUAUUAACCUUUGCUGUCUAUAAAAUUGAUCUUCCUUCAAAUGCAACUCCCGAUGAAAGAAUCCAGGCAACGGCUGGGUACAUUGGUGGAGUCUUUCAUAUUCAAUCACUGGUGGAGAAAUUGCUGCAACAGCUGGCUAGCAAGCAGACCAUUGUGGUGAAUGUAUUGGACACCACCAAUCAGUCACAUCCAAUCAGUAUGUAUGGUUCAGAUGAAGCGGAUGAUGCUUUGGAGUAUGUCAGUACACUUAAUUUUGGUGAUCCAUUUAGGAAGCAUGAGAUGCGAUGCAGAUUCAAGCAGAAACCUCCAUGGCCAUGGCUUGCGAUAACAACAUCGUAUGGGGUUCUUGUGAUUGCGAUGCUCAUUGGGCAUAUAUUCUAUGCAACAGUAAAUAGGAUUGCCAAAGUCGAAGAUGACUUCCAUAAAAUGACGGAGCUCAAAAAGCAGGCCGAGGCAGCUGACGUAGCAAAGUCUCAGUUCCUUGCCACUGUUUCCCACGAAAUUAGAACUCCGAUGAAUGGUGUUUUAGGAAUGUUGCAUAUGUUGAUGGACACGGAUCUAGAUGUGACUCAACAGGAUUAUGUCAGAACUGCCCAGGCCAGUGGAAAAGCUCUGGUCUCACUUAUAACUAAGGUUUUGGACCAAGCAAAGAUUGACUCUGGUAAACUUGAACUUGAGGCGGUACAAUUUGAUCUGCGGGCAAUACUCGAUGAUGUAUUGUCCCUCUUUUCUGGGAAGGCCCAGGAAAAAGGAGUGGAGUUGGCUGUUUUCAUUUCCGAUCGGGUUCCUGAGAAGUUAAUUGGUGACCCUGGAAGAUUUCGACAAAUCAUAACCAACCUCAUGGGAAACUCGAUUAAAUUCACAGAGAAAGGCCAUAUCUUUGUCACAGUGCAUCUUACUCAAGAGGUCAUGGACUCGUUAGAUGUUGAGACCGAGUCACCGUCGAAGAAUACCUUGAGCGGUUUCCAAGUUGUUGAGAGACGUCUAAGCUGGGCGACAUUCAAGACCUUUAGCCAAGAAGAACGUGUUUGUCCUUACCCUUCGUCUACCUACCACCCCAUCAAUCUAAUUGUAUCAGUUGAGGAUACGGGAGUUGGGAUCCCAGUUGAGGCCCAAUCUCGUGUUUUUACUCCCUUCAUGCAAGUUGAUCCUUCCAUAUCCCGUACACAUGGAGGGACUGGUAUAGGGCUAAGCAUAAGCAAGUGUUUGGUUGAACUCAUGAAUGGAGAGAUUGGAUUUGUGAGCAUACCGAAUGUAGGAUCCACGUUUACCUUCACGGCAGUCUUCAAUAAUGGCUGUUCCGAUUUGCACGAGUACACGAGCCAGAAAAUAAACAAUCAAUCCAAUUCUGCAAACUCGGAGUUUGAAGGCAUGAGUGCAUUGGUGGUGGAUCCCAGAUCUGUCCGGGCCAAAGUAUCCAAGUAUCAUGUCCAGAGGCUUGGAAUCCAAGUCGAGAUCGUCUCAGACUUGAAUCAAGUUUUAUCAUCAGUAAAAAGCAGGAACCCCAGAAUCAACAUGGUGCUUGUUGAAGAGGAGGUCUGGAACAAUGAUUUAGAUUUGUCAGUUCUGUUUGUUGAUCAGUUAAGGCGUACAGAACAAAAGGUUCCUCCAAAACUCUUCCUUUUAGCGAAAUCCAUUAGUCCAACCCGGAGCAACAAUGUGAUGGCUGGUGCUCAUAGUCCUGCUGUCAUCAUAAAACCUCUACGGGCUAGUAUGGUGGCCGCUUCUCUACAGCGAACCAUGGGUAACGUGGGGAACAAGGGAAAUUGCCGCAAUGGCGAAGUCUCCAGGUUAUCUCUGCAGCAUCUUCUCCUAGGAAGAAAGAUUCUAAUCGUAGAUGACAAUAAGGUGAAUCUUAAAGUGGCUGUGGGUGCAUUGAAAAGAUAUGGAGCUGAAGUGGUCUGCGCAGAAAGUGGGAAAGAAGCAAUUAGUUUGCUUACGCCGCCACACAGCUUCUAUGCUUGCUUCAUGGAUAUCCAGAUGCCGGCAAUGGAUGGGUUUGAAGCUACAAAAAAAAUCCGAGACAUGGAAAAAAGCAUCAACCGGAAAAUCCAACUUGGGGAAGUAUCUGCAGAAGCGCAUGGAGAUGUCUCCAAUUGGCACGUCCCCAUCUUGGCCAUGACGGCGGAUGUGAUUCAAGCGACUCACGAACGGUGCAUGAAGUGCGGAAUGGAUGGAUACGUCUCGAAGCCAUUCGAAGCAGAACAACUUUAUCGGGAAGUUUCGCGAUUUUCCUCAUCAGCACCGAAUUGGAAACUGUAAAGGGACUCCAUUGCUGGUCGCUGAAUUCAUGAUGGACUGCCAUUCUUCUAGCUUCGCUUCAAUAAGUUCUUUACCAAAAGCUUUUCAGGUAUUACUUGUGGAAGUGUGUGUAAAUAAAGCAACGCCUUACUGCUGGAAAAUCGGUUUUUGACAGAUUGUCCAUACAUAGCAAAAGCUUGUUCUUUGUUUUUCCUUACACGCUCCGUCUCAUCAUCACGCGUGACACCGCCAUCCGCAGUCGAGCAAAUAGAAGUUCUUCAGAGGGAUUCAGAUUCCGAACAAGAAGUCGUCCCGGGAAAUCAAGAGAAUCAAUUGUACUAUAGCAACAACAACAGUAUUGUAUCAUAUUUCUUAGACAUAUUCAUGUGAACUCACCAUUCACAGUCAUCUUGUUCUUAUUUAGGACAGCCGCUGUCUGUAGAUAUUGUACAAUGGUGUUCGAUUCAGAUGUAAGAAUGAGAGUUGCCGGUCUUAGCA